ACGACCAAGAUGGGUAUCUUCAGCGACCUCGGUCUCAAGCCUGGCGUCCUCUACGGCGAGGACGUCUACAAGCUGUUUGAGCACGCCAAGAAGAACGUCUACGCCAUUCCCGCCAUCAACGUGACCUCGUCGUCCACCAUUGUCGCCUCCCUCGAGGCCGCCCGCGACUCCAAGUCUCCCAUCAUCCUGCAAAUGUCACAAGGUGGUGCCGCCUACUUCGCCGGCAAGGGUGUUUCCAACACCAACCAGGAGGCCUCGAUCGCUGGUGCAGUUGCCGCCGCCCACUUCAUCCGCUCGAUUGCUCCCAUCUACGGCGUCCCGGUCGUCCUGCACACCGACCACUGCGCCAAGAAACUCCUCCCGUGGCUCGACGGCAUGCUCGAUGCCGACGAGGCUUUCUUCAAGGAGAACGGUAUCCCUCUGUUCAGCUCGCACAUGAUCGACCUGUCGGAGGAGCCCCGUGACUGGAACAUCGAGACAACUGCCAAGUACCUCAAGCGUGCUGCCCCCAUGAAGCAGUGGCUCGAGAUGGAGAUCGGCCUGACCGGUGGUGAGGAGGAUGGUGUCAACAACGAGGAUGUCGACAACAACUCUCUCUACACCCAGCCCGAGGACAUCCUUGCUAUCCACCAGGCUCUGAGCCCCAUCUCCAAGUACUUCUCCAUCGCCGCAGGCUUCGGCAACGUCCACGGAGUGUACAAGCCCGGCAACGUGCGUCUUCACCCUGAGCUGCUUGACAAGCACCAGAAGUACGUCAUUGAGAAGCUCGGCUGCAAGGAGGAGAAGCCUAUCUUCUUUGUCUUCCACGGUGGCUCCGGCUCCGGAGACGCCGAGUUCCAGGAGGCCAUCAGCUACGGUGUCGUCAAGGUCAACCUCGACACUGACCUUCAGUGGGCCUACCUGUGCGGUAUCCGUGACUAUGUCACCAGCAAGAUCGAGUACCUUAACUCCCAGGUCGGCAACCCUGAUGGUGAAGAUAAGCCCAACAAGAAGUACUACGACCCCCGCGUCUGGGUUCGUGAGGGUGAGAAGACCAUGAAGGCCCGCGUCCAGCAGGCUCUGAAGGUCUUCAACACCGAGAACACCAUCUAA